AUGUCAACGGCGCCCUCAUUGUCUAGCGUGGAUCUCUUAUCCCCUCCCAGCCGUGGCCGUGGCCACUCGCGCUCAAGGGGCUGGGCACAGUCGCCAGCGUCACUGUCAUCCAGCGAGCAAACGGCUGCUCAGCAGACCUCUGCAGCUCCACCUUACACAAAUGGCCACAGGCUGAACACACCUUGGCGUGAUAAUAUUCGACCACGCUCACGGUCUCCUUUGCCUCGCGAAGUCGGCGAUCCCACCACGGAAGAGAGCGAUGUGAAGGCGGCACAGGCAACAUCAGAGCCAUCGUCACAAUUAGAAACCUCCCUGGAUACGGCAGACAAUUCACUCUUUCAGAACCAUGAGAUGAUCAGAGGCUUUUUAGUGACCCUACCGUCGAUCGCCAUAUCUUGGUUUGCAAAGUAUUACGGACAAUCGAAUACGUCCACUGCCGCAAACUAUGAAUCCGAUAUUGCGUCCACCUGUUCUUCCAAUAAUUGGUCGCAAUCAGGGUGUUUGCGUAGUGAAAUACGACGGUUAGAGCAGAAGGCUUGCAUUUUGACGUCGGCUACAUUGCUUUUCACCGGUGGCUGGCAGAUCUUGAAACUGCAACGUCAGAAUCUUAGCUUCCCGGCUGCAUUCAGAACAAAACUAUCUCAACUUGAUGCCAAAACAGCGGGUGCGCUAUUUCUGCAGAUAUGUUCCGUGGGAUUGCCCAUUUACGCAGCUCUGAAAGUCGGUGGAUUCCUCGUGGCGUUCGCUUUAUCUCUCGCACUGGCGUCAGGAAUCCCGACGAUGAGUAGGUCGAAUGUUGCUCGCAGCUUCCAAGCCCGCAUCAUGGAAAAGAAGUGGAGUGUAAUGUCUCUUGCUGGUGCAAUUGUCCUGAGCUUUCUAAGCUUGGAUGGAUCGUGGGAUAAUAUGGCCCUUGUGGGUUAUGUGGCCUUGCUUAUAUCUGUUUUUGCCCUCCGUCCUCCGUUUCCAGGUUCCCAGGGACCUGCUGCCCCUGAAUCUGUUCUCAGCCUUCUAUCUAAGGGCCUUGACUCGAGUGCUUCGCCAUCUCACCAACGCAAAAUAUCGAACUCGAAUUUCUCGCCUAUUAUAGGUCCAGAAAAUGCCGUACUAUCUGUGCUUUCUGGGGGGCUUCUAGCCAUUGCCGUGGCAGUUGUUUCUAUCAUCCACGGGGAAGUUCUGUUUGGAGUUCGGGACUUGGUAUCCGUUUUAUCUACCGCAGGUGCUAUUACUCUGUCCUUGGUAUGCAUGCCCUCUGCGCGCUUGCAAUCUUCGCAAAAACUUGGCCUCGCUGUUGGAACCGGUGCUAGUGUCUUCCUGUGUGCUGUGCGCCCAGGUAACAAUAUUGUUUGGACGUUAUGGAUCAGAAGCGUCACUGCUGCAAUUUCAUUUUUUGCAGCCAGAUUCGACGACAAGCAGACCCGAUCUACGGAAGGUCAUCAUCAUGUUCAUUCGUCAUCGGGGUUGUCAAAAAUGACAAGACUUAUACUCUCCUAUAGCGAGCCAUAUCCGCUUCUGCACAGUAUUAUAAGAGAGAAAGACUCUCGUCGGAUAUUCUAUUUUAUGUGUCUGAACUUUGGCUUCAUGCUUGUUCAACUAUCAUACGGCUUCCUCACGGGGUCUCUCGGACUCCUCAGCGACAGCAUCCAUAUGUUCUUUGACUGCUUAGCACUAGUCGUUGGUCUGUGUGCUGCCGUCAUGAGCAAAUGGCCUUCCAGCCCUAGGUUCCCGUACGGAUAUGGGAAAGUGGAUACACUCUCUGGAUUUGCCAAUGGUGUAUUUCUCAUGAUAAUAAGCAUCGAAAUAAUAUACGAGGCCAUAGAGAGACUAUUUUCUGGCAGCGAGAUGCACCGAAUUGGCGAACUUCUUGUUGUUAGUUUUGCCGGUCUUCUUGUGAAUAUCAUUGGCAUCAUGUCCUUCGAUCAUGGGCAUGCACACGGACACGACCAUGGCCACAGUCAUGAUCAUGGCAACGAGAACAUGCAUGGUAUCUUCCUUCACAUUCUUGCAGAUACACUGGGAUCUGUGGCUGUCGUUAUCUCUACAGUCCUUGUCCACCUCUACAGCUGGUCAGGCUUCGAUCCUCUUGCAUCGUGUCUGAUUGCCGCGUUGAUUUUUGCCUCAUCCGUACCUUUGGUCAAAAGCACAGCCAAAACAUUAUUGCUCACGCUUCCUGCCGACGUCGAAUAUAGUCUUCGUGACACACUAGCGGGAGUCAGCACAUUGAAAGGUGUGGCCGGGUACACCGUUCCAAAAUUUUGGCUAGAUGAUACUGUGACUGGGGAUUCCGACGGCCACGACCAUUGUGACGGUGACCAUGAUGGCCAUCAUCAUCAUCAUCAUCAUCACCACGGCCACGACCAUGAACAUACGCAUAGUCAUGAUCAUGGUCAUGAUCACAGUCAUAGCCACGGCCACAACUACAGCCAUCAUGGUCACGAACAGCAACCCAAAGUAUUGGGCGUAAUCCAUGUCAUUGCGUCCCGCGGUUCGGACCUGGAAGAUGUCCGACAACGAACGAUUAAUUUCCUGAAAGAGAAGAACAUGGAUAUCCUCGUCCAAGUCGAGCGAGAGGGAGAUGGCCACUGCUGGUGUGGUGGCGGGAACAAGACUUAAAGCAGCAUUUAUAUUUCAUUGCAGGGUUCAGGAACCCUCUUUUGGACAUUUUCCAAUUCGGCUACUAUAUGCUUGUUCUAUUUGGGAUAUGCCAGCCCGCAUAUAUACUGCCUCUAUAUGAUAUAUACAAGUGGUUGGGAAUCGGGUUAUUGUUCGCUAUGAUUUGAUAUAGAUAUCUGUGUAUACGCGGUUAUACAGCUCUGAAUUUGC